AUGGACAGCCAAAUGCUCCACAUGCUCAUGGCCACUGUCGAGCUAGUGAACACAAACCUCGACACUACGCCUGCUUCCUGGCGAGAUCAACUGCCGGCCAUCCGAAACAUCACCAUUUCGUUUGAGAUUUCUGAUACAACCCCCGAACAAUCUCGGAAAUGUUGGCAAAUGCCUUUGGUCACUGUCGUCCAGCGGGUAGCAUUCGCGGAUGCGGAUAACGGUCCUAUCCCGGACAUAGCGGACUGGUGUUUACGACAAUUGCUGAAGCUGCUGGCGUUGUACCCUCAAGAUCCUGAUAUUCUGACUUUCACGGUGAUCGGUCGGCAUUGGCUGUUACGAGCGCAAAAAGCACUGGCAAACAUUGCUCGAGCAGAAAAUGAGCUUCACCCCAACGAAGAAAGCAGUCCCUAUCCAGCCCAAGUUACAAUGCAACCUCUACUCGGCACUCAAGAGCGAAUAAAUGGGGCAGAUUAUGUUGAGGCACGGGCAUUACUAGUACCAGCAACCGACUACCUCCAAUCUGCCGUGGAUGCAGUAAGAGAAAAAGGAGAACUGACUGGGCAUUUGCUUUUGACAGCAAGUACCCUUCCCUUCACUUAG